AUGGAAUCAUCAAUUUAUAUAGAGAAGGACUAUACGGAAUACGGACGGAAAGGGGAUCCGUACACUUGGGAGAGCUCGGUACGGCUGGUGGGACAGGGAGAGGAGAUUGGGAUGUAUUUGGAGGAGAGGGAGGGACGGAAGAGGAAGUGGCAGCAGGUGGAGGGGGGGAAGAUGAUGCGGCGGGAGGAGGGGGAAGAGAAGGAGCAGAGGAAGGUGCCACCGAAGAAAAUUAUGGCGGCGGUCGGCGACAUGGGCGGGAGCGGGACCAGCUCGUCCUCCUCGCACCUCUCACCAGGCUGGCAGGUCAACGACCUCGAUUUGGACUUACCCGGAGAAUUGUCUAUGAAUGAGGCGCUGCUGUCGCUGCCGUCGCUGGCCGUGUUCAAGCAGGAAGCGCCUUCCCCGACCGGCGCCGUGCUGUCGCCGCCGCGCCGCGCCUGGCCGCGCCGCCUGCCGGACAGACAGGUAAACUAUAGUAUGGUGGUGGACGGGGCUGAGGAGGAGCACUCCCCGCCGCACGCCGCGCUCAUGCCGCCACACGCCAACAGCCCUGAGAGCAUGCAAUGCCAGCCCACGCUACAGGGCAGUAUGAUGCCAAUGAACGGGUACCAUUCACCGCCCGCGCUCGACAAUAAAAACGGGGGUCUGCUGAUGUGUUCGCCGGUCAGCUCGCUAGACGGGUUCCUGCACUCGCCGGCACAGCCUCGUGCCGAACCCAGCUUCAAGGAUGACACCAGCGCGAUGGGUACAGAGUAUUGCUGCGGGCGCGGCAGCCAAUGGGACGGGUGCUAUGACGGGCCCCACACUUACAUAACCAAGUUCCAAUACGUGCUCGCGGCGGCGACAUCUAUCGCCACCAAACAGAACGAAGAGACACUCACGUAUCUCAACCAGGGGCAGCCCUAUGAGAUCAAACUCAAGAAGUUGGGAGACCUGUCUCACUACAAGGGGAAGAUAUUGAAGAGUGUGAUCAAGAUUUGCUUCCACGAGCGACGCCUGCAAUACAUGGAGCGCGAGCAGAUCGCGCAGUGGCACGCGGAGCGCCCGGGCGAGCGCAUCGUCGAGCUGGACGUACCUCUGUCAUACGGCGUGACUCGGGUACAGCAGCCAGCUUGCCUUAACUCCCUGCACGUGUACUGGGACCCCACCAAGGAUGUUGGAGUCUACAUCAAGGUGAACUGCAUAUCCACGGAGUUCACAGCCAAGAAGCAUGGCGGCGAGAAAGGCGUGCCGUUCCGCAUACAGGUGGAGACGUGCCUCGCCAGCGACGAGAACACGCGCCUGCACGCCGCAGCCUGUCAGAUCAAGGUGUUCAAACUGAAGGGGGCCGACAGGAAACACAAGCAGGACCGUGAGAAGGUGAUGCGCCGCCCGCGCUCCGACCUGGAGAAAUACCAGCCGGGCUGCGAGGCCACGGUGCUCACCACGCUGUCAAACGACGCGCUGAUGCCGCCCCCCUCUCUGGUCACCUCUUCACCCCCGUAUUCGCCUGAGUUAUGCAUGGUCCCAAAGCCCACAAGCCCCGUAGGAAACAAACCUAUGCCACAACCUGCCAUACUUGCUGCAUCAAACCAGAUGAAGCCAUUAUACUGCCAGGAGGAGUCUGAGAUGAAAGUGACCGCCUCGCCGUGUCACUCGCCCGGCGCCAUCUUACCCGACCUGCCGCAACCCGCCGAGGACCCAGACAAGAACUCGGGGCUGCCGGCUCGCGCGGGUGCGAGCGAGACGGCGGCGUGGCUCGCGCGGCACCGGUUCGCGCAGCACGCCGACACCUUCGCCAACUUCUCCGGGGCCGACCUGCUCAGACUGUCCCGUGACGACAUUAUUCAGAUCUGCGGUCUGGCCGACGGCAUACGACUAUUCAACGCUCUGCAUGCCAAACGCAUCGAGCCCCGGCUGACGGUGUACGUGAGCGCGGGCGGCGGCGUGUACUCCGCGCUGUACCUGCACUCGUGCCGCGCGGCCGAGCUGCUGCACAAGCUGCAGGCGCUGCACCGGGCGCAGGCGCAGCCCGGGCACAAGGAAGUGGAUACGGUGCUAGUGUCCGGCCCUAACGGCGCCCUGGUGCGGCUCACGGACGAGCUGGUGCGCCACCUGCCGGACAAGUCCACGUACCGGCUGCAGCGGCGGGACGAGGCGCUGCUGCUGUCCAGCGAGCAGUGAGCGCUCCACGUAGCC